AUGGAGCUAAUGUCUCAGCAAAACAAGCAGCGGCAGCAGCACUGGCAGCAGUGGUGGCAGCUGUGGUGGGAAACAGCGAGGGGCGUGGUGCGAGUGGACAUCAAUCUCCAGGACGUGGAUAUCGACCAGUGCUCCACUGACGGCUGGUUUGCUGGAACCCAUCGAUGUAACCUGACCACCAUGGAGUUUGGUGUCCUCUGUCUGUGGUGUCUGUGGUGUCCUCUGUCUGUGGUGUCCCUGCAGACGUCCAGGAUCAGUCAGCAGAUCGUGGCGUCAGAUGGAGGAAACCGCAGCAGCUCUGUGGAUCUGACCGUCAUCAUCACUAAUGUUCACAACCAGCCGCCGCAGUGGGAGGAGCUUGAGUACUGGGUCACUGUCCCCGAAAACACCGUCCGAGACGCUAAGAUUGUGACCGUCAAGGCCACGUCGCCGCUCGGUGACCCUCGUGUGACUUAUAACCUGGAGGAGGGUCAGGUCCCAGAGACCAACAUGCCGGUGCGGUUCUACAUCAAACCCAACCGGGCCGACAGCUCUGCCUCCAUCCUGGUCGCCGAGAACUUGGACUUUGAGACGAUCGGGUUCUUCACGCUGAGAGUGAGAGUGCAGAACAUGGCUGCGGUUCCUCUGGCCUCGUUCACCAGCGUCUACAUCAAUGUGACGGACGUGAACGACAACGUUCCUUUCUUCCUGUCAUCCACGUACGAGGCCACGGUUCCCGAGGGCGCAGAGAUCGGCACGUCGGUGGCUCAGGUUUCGGCCAUAGACCUGGACUCUGGUCUUCAUGGGAGGAUCCUCUACUCCAUCCUGAAGGACGAGAGCGGAGACUCCGAGCUCUUUGGCAUUGACUCUCUCAGCGGAGUCAUCGUCACUCACACCUCCUUCGACCGCGAGCAGAAAUCCUCGUAUCUGAUCGAGGUUCAGUCACAGGACGGGUCAGAGUCAGCAAGACCAGGUCAACAAGGUCAACCCAACACUGACACGUCGUACGUCAGGAUCUUGGUCACGGACGUUAACGACAAUGCGCCGGCGUUCGCUCGUCCCGUGUACGAGGUGAGCGUGGAGGAGAACGAGGAGGUCGGCUUCAUCCUCAUCACCGUCACUGCCAACGACCACGAUGAAGGUGCUAACGCCAAGCUGCGUUACCAGAUCACGUCGGGGAACAGCGCAGGCAGGUUUGACGUGGAGCCAGAGGUGGGGACUGUGUACGUGGCUCAGCCGCUCGACUACGAGGCGGAACGGCGCUACGAGCUGAGGCUCGUCGCCUCCGACGGGAAGUGGGAGAAUGAGACGCUGCUGGUGGUUCAGGUGGUGAAUUGCAACGACGAGGCGCCGCUCUUCAGUCAGACCGAGUACCAUGCCGCGGUGAGCGAGGAGCUGACACAGCUGCCCGUCUUCAUCCUGCAGGUUUUAGCUACAGAUCCUGAUCAAGAGGCCGACCAAACUGCCGUUCGUUACUCGCUCCACGGUCAGGGAGCUGGUGGUGAGUUCACCAUUGAUGAACACACCGGAAGAAUCUACGCCCAACGACGUCUGGACCGCGAGGAGCGUCCGGCCUGGAGGUUCCUGGUCCUGGCCACGGAUGAAGAGGGCGGCGGACUCACGGGAUUCGCAGAUGUGCUGUUAGAAGUGCGAGAUGUCAACGACAACGCGCCCUUCUUCCCUUGUCCAGCUCUGGAAGUGGACGGAUGUUUUGUUGGCCAAGUCCCUGAAAACUCGCCAGCCGACACCUCCGUUAUGGAGAUGCGAGCCAUGGACCUGGACGACCCCAACGAGGACAGAAACACCGCGCUGACGUACAGCAUCGUCAAUAACAUUCGCAGCGACAUCAACCUCAACCUCUUCUCCAUCAACGCCACUACAGGAACUAUCUACACGGUUCUGCGUUACUUGGACCGGGAGGUGGAGGACCGCUAUUUGGUGGUGGUGGAGGCCAGAGACGGAGGAGGACUGACGGGGACAGGAACAGCCACCAUCAUAGUUUCAGACAUCAACGAUCAUGCACCCGUCUUCUCUCAGCGGGUCUACACUGCUCAGGUGACGGAGGACCUGGAGGUGAACAGCGAGGUUCUCGUCGUCUCUGCCACAGACGGAGAUGAAGGUGAGAACGCCGUGGUGACCUUCAGCGUCGUCGGAGGGGACGAGGACAGGAAGUUCUUUGUGGAGACAGACAGAGUCAACAGACGUGGCUUGAUUAAACUAAAAAAGAAGGUGGACUUUGAGAAGCCCCAUGAGAGGACUUUCAAUCUGACCCUGAAGGCAGAGGACGCUGACUUCUUCAGUCUGGCCUACUGCCUCGUUCAGGUGGUGGACUCAAAUGACCACGCCCCUGUCUUCUUCCCACAGUUCUACGAGUCAGCGGCCAUGUCUGAAGAUGUCCCCGUGGGGACAAUUGUCACACAGGUCACAGCUUCUGAUCUGGACUCCGGCCGAAACGGACAUUUUUCCUACAGCAUUUCCAAAGAGUCUGACCCCCACAGUCAGUUCCUGGUGGACCAGUCCGGGUGGGUGGUUGUGACUGGUUCACUGGACCGAGAGAAAAUCUCACAGCACAGGAUCAUGGUCCUCGCCACAGAUGCUGGGACUCCGCCUCUGACCGGAACCGCUGUCGUGGCGGUGACUGUGCUCGAUGUUAACGACAACGGGCCAGAGUUCGAGGUCACGUAUAAACCUCUCGUUUGGGAGAACAUGGCGGCGCCUCAGCCGGUGCCAAUGAACCAAACCUCCUUCCUCCUCCACGCCACUGACCACGACACCUCCACCAACGCCGGGCCCUUCUCCAUACGGCUGCUCGCUCUCACCUCAGAUGCCACCAAUUUCAACUUGACUGACUUCGGGAACGGCAGUGCCGCCGUCACGGCUCUGCGGUCCUUUGACCGCGAGCGACAAAAAGAGUACCGCCUACAGAUUCUCAUGAUUGACAGUGGCUCUCCUCCAAUGAGCUCCACCAGCACGCUGACGGUUGUCAUCGGGGACAGGAACGACCACGCCCACUCCCCAGGACACACCCACUUCAUUGUCUACAGUUUUGCCGGAAUCCUCCCGACUACGGUGCUGGGUCAGGUUCAGGCCCCUGACCUGGACGACUGGAGUCAGAAGGUUUACCAACUUGAGGGCAAACCCAGCAGGUUCUUCAGUCUGAACCACAGCUCGGGUCAGCUCACUAUCAAGGAGGGGACACCGCCUGGAACGUACCAACUGCAGGUGCGUGUGUCAGACGACACCUGGCCCGACGUCACCUCCACUGCACAGGUGGACGUCACAGGUCUGCAGCAGGACAUCCUGCAGGACGCCGCGUCCUUACGUCUGUCCAACCUGACAGUGGAGGAGUUCUUCAGCAGUGACGGUGCAGACGACAGUCGCUUCCAUCGGCUGGCUCGAGUGUUGGCUCAGCUGCUGCAGAUUCUGCCAGAAAACGUCCAUAUCUUCUCUGUGGGUGACGCUGGCCGUCAGACGGAGAAGGAGCUGGACGUGUGGUUUUCCGCUCACGGCUCACCGUACUACAGGACGGAGAAGCUGCACGGCUACGUGGCAGCAAACAAAGACAAGCUGGAGGCCACAGUGGGCGUGUCCAUCUCUCAGGUGGCCGUAGACGACUGCCCACGCACUGACUGCAGUCAUUCUGGAGGCUGCAGCACCGAGGUUUCGUUCAGCCGGACCCCGGUGGCCCUCAGCACCGGGGACACUUCGCUGGUGUCGCUGACGACCUCAACGAGAGCUCAGUGUGGCUGCAGGGGUCGAGAGGUCGUCCACCUGCCGUGCUCCACAUAUCCCAGCAACCCCUGCUUCAAUGGUGGAACCUGCCAGGACGGACCACUGGGAUUCAGGUGUCAGUGUCCUCCCAUGUUGGACGGUCCUCAGUGUCAGCAGACCAAGCACAGCUUUGGUGGCCGAGGAUACGCCUGGUUCCCUCCCAUCAUGACUUGCUUCCAGAGCCACAUCUCCCUGGAGUUUCUGACUGAGUCGGCCAACGGGCUGCUCCUCUACAACGGGCCACUGGGCCCCGCCCACUCUGAGGAGCAGGAGGACUUCAUUGCUGUAGAGCUGAGAGACGGCUUUCCCACUCUGAGCGUGAACCAUGGAUCAGGAACACUGACUCUGCAGCUGCCGCACAAAUCCACCGUCACUGACCGCCGCUGGCAUCGACUGGACAUCAUCAGUGAUGGCAAGGCCAUCCAGCUGAUCCUGGACCAGUGUGGGGGGGCGGGGCUGAUGAAGGCUGACGCUCAGUACGUGGACGAGUCCGUGUGCAGAGCUGCAGGAGAGACGCCGGGGAACCAGAGGUUUCUCAACGUAUUCCAGCCUCUGCAACUGGGCGGAGUCAAGGAUACAUCUCCUCAAAGACAUUACCACAGUUUCAGCGGCUGCAUACGCCACCUGGUGGUGGACAGUCAGGUAAUGUCAAUCAGUGUGUGUGUUCUUGAGCUGAAAAGCAUCUGA